AUUUACUCAUAAUUAAAUUAAAAGUUGCUGUAAUGCUGCGUACGUAUGUAGUUGGUGCCCAACAUCCUCUCCGUAGAACUCACCUCUCCACUUGUUCUCACUUCUGGUUGCUCUUAUGCUACCAUAAUAUUCAAUGUCUGAACAUAUACCGCUUGCUGGGCGACAUGGCACACCUCCAGAUGAAGAAACCCUGCCACACGGGCUCUCGCUGGACAGCGUCGGGAAAGAGAACGUAGAUGAUAUUCAUCCUCCGUGGAAACGAAAUCUCUAUUUGCUUCUUGAGCACCCGGCUUCUUCUCAGGCUGCUUUCUUAAUCCAUGUCUUUACAACCAGCGUAAUCUGCGUCUCAGCCAUCAUCACCGUGCUGGAAACUGUACCUGCUUUCCAUUCAAUCCCUGGCGGCAUUUGGUUCGGCCUGGAGACGAGUCUUGUCGUCUUGUUCACUGUAGAAUAUACAGCGCGAUGUAUAGCGCAUUCGAACACAUGGAGAGGUCUUGUAAUUUGGUUGACUUCCUUCUUCGGGAUCAUAGACCUCUUGGGUAUACUACCGUAUUACAUAGAGAUUGCUCUACAACAAGAUACAUCCACGUUCUUCAGAUUCACUAUUCUACGUACCUUUCGACUAUUGAGGGUAUUCCGACCCUUCCGGCACAACAAUACUUUGCUCCUAACCAUAGAAGUGAUGAUAUUAUCCUUCCGACGAUCACAACAUGCACUAUUGGCUUUGGCGUUCUUUGUGGCGAUGGUACUAGUGGUAUUUAGCACAUUGCUAUAUUUUGCUGAACGCGGAAGUUGGGACGAGACGCUAGGAAUUUUCAUCAACUCAGACGGGGAUCCUAGCCAGUUCGCCUCUAUACCCGCAGCAGCAUGGUUCGUUCUUGUCACUAUCACGACUGUAGGUUAUGGUGAAAUUACACCACGGUCGUUCCUCGGAAGACUAGUGACACUUCCUCUCCUCGUUUUCGGACUUUUGUUGAUUGCUCUGCCGACAUUUGUUCUCGGACGAGAAUUUAGUCUCGUCUGGGACAUGAUGCACGAAAGUCAAAUUGCAGAUGAAGCGGACGGUUUCAUCUCGACACCAUCAGGAUCCCCAAUCCUACGUCGCGCCCGUGCAUCAUCAAUCGCAAGUCUCGGGGAGCCUCUGCCCGAGCGCCUUACGAAUACGCGCAGCAUCUUCAGUCGACGACGUCAUUCUGUUGAACCUCAGGGGGACUUGGUGUCCCAGAUCGCUGACUUGAAAGCGACGGUGGAGAUGCAAGGUGAUAUGAUGCGCAGGUUACUACUUGUAUUAGAAAAGGAUGGGCCGCCAGGGAAGGGGAAGCAGAGAGCCCAGGCCCCAGGGAUAGGUGCUACGAGUAGCGGAAGUGGGAGUGGGAGUGGGUAUGUUUGGAGGUGAUAUAAUGUACGGUACGAUGUCUGUUGUAUCUAGGUGUGCAUCGUAUUGAAGUCGUGCUCCAGGUCUUGUCAUGUUAUCUAUUGUAUUUGUCAAGGGUAAUGGACAACAAUCGCUCAUUGUCCUGAUUAGCGGCCUCGUAAGAUGAUGUGUGGCGACCUCUCCCCAUCCAAUAUCCCUCAGGCAGAUGCGUAAUCAGAGUGAUCUUGUCGAUAUGAGUCCCUGGAACAGCGGCGACAAAUGAGACAUGCACAGUCAGGAACUCUAAUAAUGCGAACAUCCUCUGGGCUAGAACAAUGGCCUUGUAGAUGAAGAAUUACUUAAGCGACCAGGCCAAUUAAGUGAAGAUGAUUCAUCGAGUGAGGCUCAGCAUGAGAAGCACCCAGGAGCCCCCACCGGAGAACUCAAUAUUUUCUGUUGUCGAG